UAUAUGUUGGCUAGUGUGUAUAUAGACGUAUAUCAAUAUUUUACAUCUAAAUAACAAUCACUACUGUCAUCAGCACAGCUGAGCCGAAUUACCACGUGUUGUCAACAAGCAUGGCUCUUUCGAAAAAGCAACUUAAAUAUCGAAGAAGAAUUAUCGAAGUUGUGUAAAAGAAGAAUAAAAAUCGUGUCAACAUUUAAUAAUUAAUAUUAAGAAUGACGGAGCUGAUUCAAUACGUAGCGAUACGAGGCGAUCUCCUGAAGACUAUGGGAUGGCCUGUCGGUGCAGUUAUAGCUCAAGCAUGUCACGCUUGCACUGCUGUCACUCAUCUUUUUUAUAACGAUAACUACACACAAACCUACCUCGCCAAUUUAAAUGACAUGCACAAAGUUGUCCUGGAAGUUCCAGAUGAAGCCAGUUUAAAUGAUUUGUGUUCAAAAUUGUCGGAUGGGAACAUUCAUCAUAAACUAUGGAUUGAACAGCCCGAAAACAUUCCUACUUGUCUGGCAAUAAAGCCCUAUCCAAAGAAGGAAGUACAAUCAUAUUUCAAAAAAUAUAAACUACUUAAACUGUGAAACCAACUAAAUAUUACUGUAUAUUAAUCUCUUAGGCAUUAUGCGCCACUAUAGUGGCUUUCGCGGGUCUGUGCGUUGUACCGUGUUUUAAGACUUACCAUACUGAAUUAUAUUAUUAAUUAUUAGAAUAAAUUGUUAAAGUUAAAAUGCGUGUAUCAUAUAUUUAAGAAAAAUUAUAAUUUAAUCAUCAAACACUUCAUUCUAAUGUACUCGUGUAAAAAACAGUAUUAUCCGUCACACAUUGCAGUGCCGUAUUAUUUAUACGUAAUUCGCGUUGAACUACAGAGAAACAGCCCCGCGCAAAAUUCAGCCGUGCCUAAAAGGUUAAAGGUACGCGAGAACCCGGAAAUGUCGGGUCUGAUGAUUUUGCAUGAAAAUCCGCAGUGUAAUAAUUGAACAUUGAAAUGGGAUUGAUCGGAACGUGAAAACUGUAUAAUAUAAUUAUGCUUUAUUUAAUAAUACCUGAUAGUAUUGA